AUGCCGGACUUCUCCGGUGUUUCUCUUGAGGGAAAGACUGCCAUUGUUACUGGAUCUUCCCGGGUUAUCGGUGCCGCAAUCGCCCUCCGGCUCGCCAAGCGCGGCGCCAACGUUGUCGUCAACUAUGUCUCCGAGGGUAGUAAGAAUCGCGCAGAGGAGAUUGUUCAGAAGAUUGAGCAACUGGGCGUGAAGGCCAUCGUCUUCCAGGCGAGUGUGAUGAACCUUGAAGGGAUCCCGCGUCUCAUCGAUGCCGCCACGAAGAUCAGCAAGGACGGAAAGAUUGAUAUACUUAUUCAUAACGCCGCUCUUGGUGAAGAGGCCGACCUGAAGGACCUCAAGGUGGAUAUGUACAGCUCGCACUUCGACUGCAACGUCCGCGGCCCUAUCUUCCUCACUCAGGCUGCUCUCUCCUAUCUCCCCCGUGGUGGUCGCAUCGUCUUCGUCUCCUCCGCGGCCGCCCGCCUCGGUUUUGCUGGCCACACCGUGUAUGGGCCCACUAAGGCUGCCAAUGAAGCGCUAGCUCGUGUCUGGGCUAAGGAGCUGGGCCACUCUCACGGCGUGACUGUUAAUUGCGUCAACCCUGGACCCGUUGCUACUGACCAAUGGUUCCAGAGUGACGAGCAGUUCCUCAAGGAUAUGCAGCCCAUGAUCGAAUCUACACCAGCCGCCCCUCGUGUCGCCGAGGUAGAUGACAUUGCCCCUCUGGUUGCCUUCUUGUGCACGGAGGAUGCAAAAUGGACAACCGGCUCUGUCCUCUGCGCCAACGGUGGUCUAUACAACUAA